CAUGGUAGUGAAUGGGCCGACUCUGGAUGUACAACCUGCUUUUGUGACAGCGGGAGUGUCGUCUGCACCCCCAAGCCCUGCCCCGAUCUUUCUUGCAAGAGGGGAGAGGUGGAAUCCAUCGGUCAAGGAGAGUGCUGUUCAAAAUGUGUUGGCAGUGGAGAGGCUUGCUCUUUCGAUGGCCAGAUGUUCCAGGAUGGUGUGGAGUGGCAAGCCAGCCACUGCGUGAGAUGCACCUGUCGGAACGGGACCCUACUGUGCUUUACAACCGUUUGUCAUCCUGUAUCAUGCAACCAGGAUGAAACAGUGGCUGUACCUACUGGAAAAUGCUGCCCAGAGUGCAUUCCAAAAUCCUGCUCCGUGUCAGGGAGAGCAUUCGAGCAUGGAGAACAGUGGCAGGAAGAUGCCUGCACGACUUGUAUAUGUGACCGAGGUGAGACCAGGUGUCUCCGACAGACCUGCAGCCCACUGACUUGCGAGAAGGGAGAGAGCAAAGCAAGGCGUCCGGAGAAAUGCUGUGAGGAGUGCGUGCCUGCCAAGGGGAGCUGCGUACAUGAAGGCUCUGUUAGAUACCACAAAGAGAUGUGGAGCGGCCCUCGGUGCGAGUUCUGCGUGUGCGACACAGGGCAGGUCUCUUGCUGGAAGGGAGAGUGCGCCAAAGUGGAAUGUGCCGUGGGUGAAGAAUUAAUUCAUUUAGAAGGCAAGUGCUGUCCUGAAUGUAUUUCAAGAGGUGGCCCCUGUGUUUACAAAGAACAUACCAAAGAUAGUGGUGAAAAAUGGAAGGAAGGUCUGUGCCGUGAAUGUCAGUGCCGGGAUACCGAGGUGGUCUGCUAUUCUGCAUCUUGUCCAACUUGCCCCUUGGGCAGCGUGCCAGUAGCUGUCCCUGGGGAAUGUUGCCCGCAGUGCAAGCCAGGGCAUUGCCACGCAGACUGUCUGACCUGCUCACAGGCUUUCGAUCGCUGUGACGCCUGCCAUGAUACGAGCAAAUUCCUGCAGAACGGACGCUGUGUGGCCAGUUGCGGGUCUGGAUACUAUCAGGAUUCUGGGCUUUGCUUAGCCUGCAAGAACACGUGCUCCACCUGCACCCAUGCGUACACGUGCACUUCAUGUCAAGACUCACAGCUGCUGAAGAAUGGCCAGUGUGUGGAAUCGUGUGGGGAAGGGUUCUUCCCAGGACUCCUUCAGUGUUCAGCUUGCCAUGAAUCUUGUUCUACCUGCUGGGGCCCCGCUGCAAACAACUGUUUGUCCUGCAAAGACCCAUCUCGUGUGUUACUGGAAGGGAACUGUGUUGCUAGAUGCAGUCAGGGAUUCUACCUCAAGGAUGGCAUUUGCCGUGCUUGCAAUGAAACUUGUGAAACGUGCUACCCGGACCAUCCCAGAUGUUUAACCUGUGCUUCUGACAGAGUUCUGUAUGGUGGAGACUGCAUGUUGGAAUGCCCCCGUGGUUACUAUGUAGAUAGUUCUCGGAGAUGCAGAGCUUGUUACAGUUCAUGUGCCAGCUGCACCGGUCCUCUCUCUGCUCAGUGCACUUCUUGUUCUUAUCCUCUGGCUCUGCAUCAGGGUCAGUGCCUGCCAGAUUGCGGAGAGGGCUUCUACCAGGAGCACACUGUUUGCAAAGGUUGCCACCCAUCAUGCCACGAGUGCGUUGGCCCAGAACAUUCACACUGCACGGGCUGCACAAAGCCGGAGGAAAGCCUGCAGCCAGAAGAGAACCUCGACGGGACGCCCGUUGGUGUCUGUCUGCCCCAGUGCAAAGCUCACUUCUACCUCAGUAGCGAUGGGGUAUGCAGAGAAUGCCACCCCUCCUGUUCCUCCUGCGUCGAGAAAUCUGCUGAGAACUGCACAGCGUGUGCACAUUCCCGAGUCCUUCACAGAGGCCAGUGCCUGUCGGCGUGCCCGGUGGGGUGGCAUGAUCGGGAGGCGCACUGCUAUCCAUGUCAUCCCUCUUGCGAAACAUGCCGGGGCCCUACAGAUGCUGACUGUGCAACCUGUCAACCCCACGCCACGUUUGCAGAUGGAAGAUGUAGGACUACCUGCAAGGAACAGCAGUACCUCAACCUGGUGGGAUAUUGUGUCGAUUGUCACCCUCUGUGCCAGCAGUGUGUGGCAGAUCUCCAAGAUACAGGAAGUGUUUGCUUGAAGUGUCAAAAUGGCCGUCACUUGCUCCUGAAGGACCGCUGUGUGCCCGGUUGUCCCGUGGGGCACUAUAAAGAUGGUGGAACGUGCAAAAAGUGUCACCCUUCAUGUCAGUCCUGCAGCAGCGGAGAUCCUUCCUCCUGCACGUCGUGUGAAUCCCACCUCGUCCUUUCUCACAUCAGCAUGUGCGUCUCGGCCUGUCACCUGGGAUACUACAGGGAUGAGAACCAGCAUUGCAAACCUUGCAGCGAUUCCUGCCUGAGCUGUGAUUCAGGAGCCGCUUGUACCUCCUGCAGAGACCCCUCCAAAGUCUUGCUGUUUGGUGAAUGCCAGUAUGACAGCUGCGCUCCUCAGUAUUACCUGGACUUCUCUUCCAAGACCUGCAAAGAGUGCGACUGGAGCUGUAACGCCUGCAGCGGUCCCCGGAGUAGCGACUGCUUGCAAUGCAUGGAGGGAUACGUGCUCCACGACGGCAACUGUGUCGAACAGUGCCCGUUGGCUUUCUACAAGGAAUCCGACACGUGCCAAAGAUGUGAUGUCCACUGCCUCCAGUGCCGUGCCCCCGGUGAAUGCAACCGCUGUGAACCCCCGUUUCUUCUCUUGGAUUUGCAGUGCGUCACGGAAUGUAGGAAGCCCUACUAUGCAGACUAUGGAGAGCAAAAAUGCACAGCUUGCUCUGAAGGAUGCCUGGAAUGCGAGGGAGCCAGCCGGUGCCGAGAGUGCGACGCCACCACGUUUCUGCAGGGAGGGCGUUGCGUUUCCGACUGUGGCCACGGUUUCUAUGGCCAUCCUCAGAAGAGAGUGUGUGAAGUGAUCGUGCGUGCUCCUGUGCUCAGUGCAAACAGCUCACUCCAGGUGGGGAUCGGUGGGGUGAAACCACUCGACGUUUCCAUCAUGGAGGUACAAGACCUUGACGAGCAAAGAGAAGAGCUGCUGUUUCGAGUGGCAAGCUCUCCCACCAAUGGCAGGCUGCUGAUGGUGGCAACUGGGCGAGAGACAGAGCUGAACCAGGGGGAUUAUUUCACCUGGGAGGAUGUGAUGGAGCAACGGGUUCUCUUUGUGCACAAUAAGGAGAAAUCCAGGAACGGUCAUUUUGCCUUGGAAGCUGGCCUUCAGCGGCACGUGUCUGAACCUGAAGUGUUUGUUGUUCAAGCCGUAUCGACACAGGCCCCCCGCGUGCUAAAGAACGAAGCCCUCAUCCUCGGCAGAGGGGAAGCAGCAGCCUUAACUAACCUGGUGCUUGACAUUCAGGACAAUGACAAUCCCCAGGAUGUGACGGUGACCGUUGUGGAUCCUCCGCAUCAUGGGCGACUGGCCAGGUUUCCCAGGAACACAUUGUCUGCGACGAGCAUGUUCAAGCUUGAUGACCUUGAGGGAGAACGUGUGCAUUACGUCCAUGAUGGAUCCAGGAGUUCAGAAGACAUGGCCGUUCUCCAAGCGAGUGAUGAGUACCACUCUCAGAACAUACUCUUCCGUAUCAAGAUAGCUCCAAAGAACAACGAGGGCCCCCAGCUAGUUACCAGCUCCAUGGUGUGGGUCCCUGAGGGAGGGAUGCUGCAAAUCACCAACAGAGUUCUACAGGCCGAGGUGCCCGGUGCCAGGGACUCUGCAAUAAUCUACACAAUCACCGACCCACCACUAUACGGUAAUGAUGUCAUUUUGGAUGCCAUGCCCGCAGAUGACCCUGGGUUAAAAUGGCAGCCUCUGCCCAAUGGAAGAGCAGCGACCCCCACCUCUUCUUUCACCCAGCGGGACAUCAACGAAGGUGUCGUGUGGUACAGGCACUCUGGAUCCGAGACAGAGAGCGACUCCUUCCGCUUCCAGGUGUCCAGCACCGCCGUUCCGCAAGCCCAUCUGGAGACCCAUCUGCUCAACAUUGCUGUUCUUCCGCAUACCUCUGAGUCACCUCAGCUGUCCCUUGGCUCUUCUCUCCAUAUGACUGCUUUGGAAGACCGUGUGACCACCUUAGAACCCUUUCAUCUUUCUUUUGUCGACUCAGAGAGUCCCAGUGAGAAAAUCGUGUUCAAUGUGACUGUUCCUCUGCCUCCAACGCAAGGUAUUUUGGAACAUAGGGACAAGCCGUUGUCCCCAGUAAAGUACUUCACACAGGCUGACAUCAACCAUGGCAAGAUUGUGUACCGCCCACCCUCUGCAGCUCCACAUCUUAGAGAGAUGAUGGAGUUCUCCUUUGCUGGUCUUCCAGAGUCCAUCAGCUUCCGUUUUACAGUGUCUGAUGGUGAACACACGACUCCUGAAAUGGUGUUUACCAUCCACUUGUUCUCUGCUGAUGAUGAGCAGCAUCCGUUGUUUCGAAUCACAGCGCCGGUCCUGGAGGUCAGCCAAGGAGGGAGAGCGACCAUCGGGAUACAGCUGGCAGUCAGAGACACACAGGCAGUUCCCAGAGACCUCUUGUUUGAGUUGGUGGAUCCUCCCCAUCACGGAGUUCUCCUCAAGCACAAUGCUGAAUUUCCCAGCCACAUGAGCACUGGCGAUACCUUCACGUAUGAGGAAAUCACCAGGAAUGCUCUGCAAUACAUCCACGACGGCUCUUCUGCAGCAGAGGACAGGAUGGAGAUUUCAGUAACCGAUGGAAUCACUACAGCUGCGACUGUGUUAAAAGUGGAAGUGUUGCUGACAGACAGUGAUGGGCCCCGGCUGGUUCCUGGCUGCUCACUGAGCGUCAUGGUUUCUAGUAAAAGCUCAGUGAUCAUCACUCGAUCCCACCUUGCUUAUACGGAUAAUAAUUCUCCCGAUUCCAAGAUAAAGAUUCAGUUAAUUUCGCUUCCCAUGUAUGGUACCCUUUUGCGAAUAACUCCGGGACAACAUUCUGAGGAGUUUUCUGAGGUGUAUAAUUUCACAAUGGAAGACAUCAAUAACCAAAGAAUCAGAUAUUCCACAGACUUUGUGGCCGUCAAUCAGCCGGUCACAGACAUUUUCCAUUUUGCUGUUUUCGAUGCCGACAACAACCAGCUCGAGAGUCAGAUGUUCACCAUCACAAUCACGGAUGUCCGGGGCAUGCCUCCCGUCAUCGCUUUUGCCGACCGUAUCACAGUGGAUGAAGGAGGGAGGGUCCCGCUUGCAGCUCACCAUAUGCUUGCCGUUGACUCUGAUCUCGUCCAAGAAGACGUAGUGGUGAGAAUCAUAACUUUGCCCCAAUAUGGAUACAUUGAAAACACCAAAACAGGUAAACGCUUUGGUCCCGGAGAUGCCACAAGCUCAGACCUGACGUUCUCCAUUCAAGAUGUGGUAGAGAACCGCGUUUAUUACUUUCAAAGUGUUCAUGAAAAUAUUGAACCCUCCAUGGACACCUUUAGCUUUUAUGUCAGCGAUGGUUUCAGCCAGUCAGAAACUAGCAGCGUCAAUAUCACUAUUAAGCGUCUGAAUGAUGAGCCUCCAGAACUGGAGUUGGAGCCGGUUAAAGUUCAGGGUGGCAACGGAGCGGUCGUCAGAAGUUCCUCCCUGAGGACAAAAGACCUGGACACUCCUGACAACCAGCUGGUCUUUGCCGUCACCAAGAAACCCACCCAUGGCUUUCUCCUCAAGAGACUGUCUCACUUGGAUCCUCUGGAGAAUGGACAGGCUCUGUCCGAGGGCUCCACCUUCACCUAUCAGGACGUCCUGGACGAACUGAUCGUUUACGUCCCGGAGCGUCCCGGAGCUCGGACUGAUGAGUUCAGGUUCUCAGUCACUGACGGCCUCUACACACAGACUGGGCAGGUGGAGUUCUCCAUGGAGCAGCUGAGCACAGGUCCGCCCAGACUGGCUGUGAACAGGGGCCUGCAACUAUCUGCCGGCUCCGUGGCCGUCAUCACAGACCAGCACUUAAAAGCUACCGGCCCCGACUCUGACGACACGUCUAUCAGCUACAUCCUGAACAAGGAUCCUAACCUUGGACGCCUGCGCCUGAAUCAGAGGGGUUCCCAGGUUCCAGUCUCUGCUCAUGGUCCAGUCAAAAGCUUCACACAGGCUGAGAUAAAUAAAGGACAGGUGGAGUACAGUCACGAGAAAGGGGAGCGCGGUGGGAUGUUUGCUUUCGUUUUUGAUCUGGCCGAUGCAGAAGGAAACAAAAUGGUCAACCAGUCAUUUUCUAUUAACGUCGUAGAGGACCAGCUGCCCCCCUCUGUCACUGUCAAUACUGGACUCUCCCUGGAUGAAAACUCGGUGAAGAAGAUCACCACCCUUGAGUUGUCUGCCACAGAUCAGGACAGUGAGUCGACGGACCUCCUGUACAAGAUCAUCAAACAGCCGCAGCUGGGACACCUGGAGCACUCUGCAUCGCCAGGCAGAAGGAUUAGCUCCUUCAGACAGGCGGACCUCAUUUCCCGCAGCGUACAGUACAUCCAUACCAGCGAGGCUGAGAAACAUUUGGACUCCUUUACUUUCUCGGUUUCUGAUGGCACACACGAGGUGAGCCAGACCUUUGACAUCAACAUCAAUCCUGUGGAUGACUCUUUACCCAUCGUGCAGAGCCCCGGAAUGAGGGUCCAGGAAGGUGUCAGGAAAACCAUCACAGAGUUCGAGCUGAAAGCCACAGAUGCUGACACGGAGGCCAAGUCAAUCACAUUCACCAUUGUACAGCCCCCGCGCCACGGCCUGAUCGAGCGUACCAGUGACGGGCGCCAUUAUCGUCCGACCCACGCGUUCACGAUGGAGGACGUCUACCAGAACCGGAUCAGUUACAGCCACGAUGGCAGCAACUCGCUGGACGAUCGCUUCACCUUCACUACAUCCGAUGGCACCAAUCCUUUCUUUGUCGUGGAGGAGGAUGGGAAAGAGGUUGUGACUGCCGUGCCCCAGUGGUUCAGUGUGGAAAUCCUUCCUGUGGACGAUGGAACCCCAAGAAUCGUCACUAACUUGGGCCUCCAGUGGCUGGAAUACAUGGAUGGCAAGCCAAAAAACCUGAUCACCAAGAAAGAACUGUUGACUGUGGAUCCUGAUACAGAAGACAGACAGCUGAUCUACGAUAUCACAACUGGGCCCAAACAUGGCUACGUGGAGAAGAAGCUGCAGCCCGGAACACCUGUGACUUUGUUUACGCAAGAGGACGUGAACCUGGGGCUGAUCCAAUACGUGUUGCAUGAGGAGAAGACUCAAGAGACAGAGGACAGUUUUCAUUUCCUGGUGAAGGACAGCAGACCCAGCAUGGUCACAGACAACAUCUUCCAUAUACAGUGGUCUCUCAUCAGUUUUCAGCACACCAGCUACAAUGUGAGUGAAAAGGCAGGCUCCGUCAGUGUAACUGUGAAGAGGACUGGGAACCUUAAACAAUAUGCCAUUGUCCUCUGCCGUACCGAGCAGGGAACUGCCACAUCCAGCUCGAGCUUAAAGCCAGGAGAACAGGACUACGUGGAGCACGCAGGCCAGGUACAGUUUGACGAGCGGGAGGACACCAAAUCCUGCACCAUCGCUAUCAAUGACGACGACGUCUUUGAAAACAUGGAGAGCUUCACAGUGGAGCUAAGUAUGCCGGCCUACGCCUUGCUGGGGGGGAUCACCACCGCCAAAGUCUUCAUCAGCGACACCGAAGACGAGCCCACGAUACAGUUUGACAAGAAAGUCUACCGCAUCAGCGAGAGCGCCGGCGUCCUCUCCGCCCCCAUUGAAAGGAAAGGAGACUCCAGCAGCAUCGUAUCUGCAAUUUGCUACACGGUCCCCAGAAGCGCCAAAGGGAGCAGUGAACAUGCCCUGGAGUCUGGUUCCGAUUUUAAGUCCAGAGGAAUGUCCAGCGAGAACCGUGUUGUGCUGGGGCCCGGGGUGACCAUGACAACCUGUGACGUGAAACUGAUUGACGACAGCGUGUACGAAGAAGAGGAAGAAUUUGAAAUCGCGCUGGCCGACGCAUCGGAGAAUGCACGCGUUGGGAGCAUAGCAUCGGCCAAGGUCAUGAUCAACGGGCCCAACGAUGCCUCAACGGUGUCGCUUGGAAAUGCCACUUUUACAGUCAGUGAAGAUGCAGGAAUUAUCGAAAUCCCGGUGACCAGGCACGGACCUGAUCUCUCCACCCCCACCUCGGUGUGGUGUGCCACCCGGACAUCAGAUCCACCCUCUGCCACUCCAGGGAUCGAUUACAUCCCCAGCUCCAAGAAGGUGGACUUCCGUCCAGGCAGAACCGAAGAGUAUUGCACGCUGACAAUCCUGGAUGACGCGCAGUACCCAGUGAUCGAAGGAGUGGAAACGUUUGUGGUCUACUUAAGCUCGCCGCAAGGAGCUGAACUGGCCAAACCUUCCCAAGCAGUGGUAGCCAUUAAUGACACCUUCCAGGACAUACCAAGUAUGCAGUUCAGUAAAGAUCUGUACCCUGCAAAAGAGAAGGACGUCAUCCUGCACAUUCCUAUCAUCCGUACUGGAGAUCUGAGCUACGAGUCCUCUGUCAGGUGUUACACCCAGAGUCAAACAGCAAAAGUCAUGGAGGACUUUGAGGAAAGAAGAAAUGCUGAGGAGUCGCGUAUCACUUUUCUGAAAGGAGAUAAAGUGAAGAACUGCACCAUCUACAUUAAUGACGACUCUGCGUUUGAACCAGAGGAGAAGUUCCAGGUGUAUCUAAGCAGCCCCCGUGGAAACCACUGGAGUGGAGCUACCAUUGGGAAGAACAAUAUGGCUGCCAUCAUAAUCGCCAACGCCGAAGAUGCACCAACCAUUGAGUUUGAAGAGGCUGCCUACCAGAUCCGUGAGCCUCCGGGGCCGGACGGCGUGGCUUUCUUAAAUGUUAAGGUGAUCCGAAGAGGGGACCAGAACAGGACCUCGAAAGUCCGAUGCAGCACCCGCGAUGGCUCGGCUCAGUCUGGGAUUGAUUACUACCCCAAAAGCCGAGUCCUUAAAUUUAGCCCUGGAGUGGACCACAUCAUGUUUAAGGUGGAGAUCAUGUCCAAUGAAGACCGGGAAUGGCACGAGUCCUUUUCUCUGGUGCUCGGACCAGAUGACCCCAUCGAGGCCGUCCUGGGGGAGAUCACCACCACCAUAGUGACCAUUCUGGAUCAGGAAGCUGCCGGAAGCCUCAUCCUACCCGCACCUCCCAUUGUGGUUUCCCUGUCCGAGUACGACCACGUGGAAGAAGAAGCCAAAGAAAGCGCCAAGAAGUCUCCCUCUCCGGGCUACCCGCUGGUCUGCGUGACCCCGUGCGACCCUCACUUCCCCAAGUACUCUGUCAUGAAGGAGCGCUGCAGUGAGGCUGGGAUCAACCAGUCCUCCAUACAGUUCAGCUGGGAGGUGGCAACCCCCACCGAUGGAAACGGAGCCCGGUCCCCCUUUGAAACCAUCACAGACAACACGCCGUUCACCAGCGUCAAUCACAUGGUGCUGGACAGCAUCUAUUUCAGCCGGCGAUUCCACGUGCGUUGUGUGGCCAAAGCUGUGGAUAAGGUCGGCCACGCGGGCACCCCCCUGAGAAGCAACACGGUCACCAUAGGGACAGACAGCGCCAUCUGUCACACGCCGGUGGUGGCCGGGACAGCCCGGGGGUUCCAGGCACAGUCGUUCAUUGCCACUCUGAAGUAUCUGGAUGUGAAGCACAAGGAACACCCCAACAGAAUCCACAUCUCCGUGCAAAUUCCUCACCAGGACGGGAUGCUGCCCCUCAUCUCCACUAUGCCUCUGCACAACCUGCAUUUCCUAUUGUCAGAGUCCAUCUACAGGCACCAGCAUGUCUGCUCCAACCUCGUCAGCAUCCAAGACCUCAAAGGCAUCUCAGAUGCUGGAUUCCUGGACGAGGUGACCUUCCACAGCAUCGUUCUGGGACCCGGGUAUGAUCGGCCGUACCAGUUUGACCCCACUGUGAGGGAGCCAAAGACGAUCCAGCUCUACAAACAUCUGAACCUGAAGAGCUGCAUUUGGACUUUUGAUGCUUACUAUGACAUGACGGAACUAAUUGAUGUCUGUGGCGGAUCCGUCACUGCUGACUUCCAGGUUCGCGAUUCGGCUCAGUCCUUCCUGACUGUCCACGUCCCACUCUACGUGUCCUACAUUUACGUGACGGCGCCGAGAGGAUGGGCCUCUCUCGAGCAUCACACUGAGAUGGAGUUCUCCUUCUUUUAUGACACUGUUCUCUGGAGGACAGGUAUUCAGACAGACAGCGUCCUUUCGGCCAGACUGCAGAUCAUAAGGAUCUACAUCCGAGAUGACGGCCGCCUGGUCAUCGAGUUCAAGACCCACGCCAAGUUCAGAGGACACUUCGUGAUGGAACACCACACGUUGCCAGACGCGAAAUCCUUCAUAAAGACUCCCGACCACCUGGGAGGGAUCGAGUUUGACCUGCAGCUUUUAUGGAGUGGCCAGACUUUUGAUUCCCCUUAUCAGCUCUGGAGAGCCACCAGUUCUUACAGCAGGAAGGAUUACUCAGGAGAAUACACCAUCUACUUAAUACCGUGUACGGUACAGCCCACGCAGUCGUGGGUUGAUCCCGGAGACAAACCAUUUCCCUGUACUGCUCAUGCUCCAGAGAAAUUUUUGAUCCCAAUUGCCUUUCAGCAAACUAACCGUCCAGUCCCUGUUGUGUAUUCCCUCAACACUGAGUUUCAGCUCUGCAAUAACGAAAAGGUGUUCCUGAUGGACCCGACCAAAUCGGAAGUGUCAGUGGAAGAGAUGGACUACAAAGGAGCCUUCUCGAAGGGUCAAAUCCUGUACGGCCGAGUCAUGUGGAACCCUGAGCAAAACCUCAACUCUGCCUACAAGCUGCAGUUGGAGAAGGUCUAUCUCUGCACCGGGAAGGACGGCUACGUGCCCUUCUUUGACCCCACCGGGACCAUCUAUAACGAGGGACCUCAGUAUGGAUGUAUCCAACCAAGCAAGCACCUGAAGCACAGAUUUCUGCUGCUGGACCGGAACCAACCAGAAGUGACCGACAAAUAUUUCCAUGAUGUCCCUUUCGACGCCUGCUUCGCCUCUGAUUUGCCAGAUUCCCACCCGGUCACCAGCAUGCCUGGAGUGGACGGCUUCAUCAUGAAGGUGGAUGCGCUCUACAAGGUGGAAGCUGGGCACCAGUGGUACCUCCAAGUGAUCUACAUCAUUGGUCCCGAGACCAUCACAGGGCCCCGAGUCCCACGCUCCCUCACACACCGACUGAGACGCCACCGCCGAGACCUCACGGACAAUAAGGGCGGCCUAGCCCUGGACGACUCCCUGAUCUACGACAACGAAGGAGACCAAGUCAAGAACGGCACCAACAUGAAGUCACUCAACCUGGAGCGCCAGGAGGCCGUGUCCGCUGCCUCUCUGUCGCAGACGGGGGCUUCCAUCGGCAGCGCCUUUGCGGCCGUGAUGCUCCUGUUCCUCGUGCUCUUGGUCGUCUGCUUUGUGACCCAGAAGUGUCGGAAGCACAGGAAGAAGAAAAAGUCGGCGACGGGCAGCCCGGAGGAGUAUCCCCUCAACACCAAAGUGGAGGCGGCCCGGAGGAGCACGGAGAGGGGAGAAAAGAACCUGAACAGGCAGUAUUGCACCGUGAAGAACUUGAAUAUACUCUGCGAGACUGAGGGGACCUUCAAGGUCAGAGGGGCAAAGGUCAAGCAGGUGAACUUGGAGGUGAAAGUUCACAACAAUUUACACGACGGGACGGAAGUUUAA